AUGAAGCGUAUUUUAGAUGAAGAUAAAGACCUAUCUUAGAAAAAAGCUCUUGAAAUUCAACUUGCUAAGGCCAAAAAGCUUUAAGUUUUAUAUUUGCCAAAUUAUCAAUUCAGUAAAAUUCCAUAGUAGGUUUUAGAUAUGACAAACCUCAAAAUCCUUGAUUUAGGCUUUAAUGAUAUAGAAGAACUACCUGUUGUAAUUAAAAAUUUCACUAGACUUGAGCAACUUCACUUAAACAACAACCCUCUUUAAUAUAUUCCUAUCGAAAUUAAAGAAUGCAAAAACUUAUAGAUUCUAAAUCUUGCAAACACUUAUGUCAAAUAUCUCCCUCGAGAAUUUGCAUUACUUAAAAAAAUAUACUAAAUUGAUUUGACUGGUUGUCCUUUGAAAGGAAAUCUUAAAUUCUACUAUGAAAAGGGUAUAGUUAGUCUUUUCUAAUACCUUUAAAGAAAAUAUGAUAGAGCUGUAUAUAGAGAAUUAAUGGUUAAGAAGCUAAAAGAAUGGGUAUACAUGGGUAAUACUGUAGAAGAGAUAUAGGAAGUUAUGUAGGCAGUCAUGGAUGAAUUUAAAGAUGUGGACACUACAGCAUUAAAAAGACUUUAUAGAAAUUUGUAAAAUAUAUUUAAUAUGAAGCUAGAAGAUGUAAGGGCUUCAGAAAUCCGUAAUAGGCUAUUUACUACAUUAGUUAAAAAUUAAACCAAUACGAUGUAACAAUCCUAAAUAACAGUAGGCUAAACUCUACCAAUAAACCAUCAUGAUUUAUAAAAUACUGUUGUUAGUUAAGUUAUAGAUAAUGAUUCUAAAGUCGUAUGA